CACACAUGUAAGCUCGCAUCAUCCUCUCGGUUCCUCGCACCUCCGCUCCACUUCGGUAACAUUCGCCUCCCCUUCCUCCCCAUCGCUCUCUCCUCCCCGCUCCCAUCCCUUUCGGACGUCCCAUCUCCAUCCCACCCUACCGAUCACCCAAAGAUCUCCUUUAACCCCGCGCGGUGCGCGUCAACUGAUCACUCAGUCACACUGAUCGCUCGCUCGCAAGCAAGCGCUUGCUCUUGUUCUUGCUCUAUCCCGGCCGCUGCUGUAUGGAUUCCUCCGGCCCCGGACCGUCCUCGGCCGGCGGUGCCAGCGUGCCGGACGUGGCGCCGAAACCGCCGGCGCAGCUGAGCAGGUACGAGUCGCAGAAGCGCAGGGACUGGAACACGUUCCUGCAGUAUCUGCGGAACCAUCGGCCGCCGCUCACGCUGGCGCGGUGCAGCGGCGCGCAUGUGAUCGAGUUCCUCAGGUACCUGGACCAGUUCGGCAAGACCAAGGUGCACGCCGCCGGGUGCGCCUACUACGGCCAGCCCAGCCCGCCGGGGCCAUGCCCUUGCCCUCUGCGGCAGGCGUGGGGGUCCCUCGACGCGCUCAUCGGCCGCCUGCGCGCGGCCUACGAGGAGAGCGGCGGCGCGCCGGAGUCCAACCCCUUCGCCGCUCGCGCCGUCCGGAUCUACCUGCGCGAGGUGCGUGACUCCCACGCCAAGGCGCGAGGGAUCGCAUACGAGAAGAAGAAACGCAAGCGCGUGCAAGCCACCGAGGCGUCGAGUUCAUCGACUGGCGCCGCCGCCGCGGCGGCAGUCAGCAGGGACCUCGGAGGUAGCGCCGAUGUUGGCGCUGCUGUAGCAGCGUCCACCGCGCAGGCUGGAGGCAGCGGCAGUACUGCACCGAGCAUCUCUUGAGUAUAGUAGACUCAGAAACCUUGCCUAUUAAUUUGUUUAUGAUCUUCGGCAUAGCCAUAGCAAGAUUUGAGCUUUCCCUUUGGUAGUUUGGUAUAUGCUAUGUUGUCUAUUUUCAUCUAAAUUUUUCCUGUGCUACUUUUAUUCUUAUUAAUUAUGUUAGCAAGUGUAAAUUACAGGGCGUUGGAGUACUAGGGGAAGUGAAUUAAUCGGUGCGGCUAAUUGUUCAUGAUCCCAUACAUAUCCCGGUAACUAAAGAAAUGGAGAUUUGUGGUAUUUCA